AUGAGGGGGGAGGAGGCGGUGACCGCGGUGGCGAGGCCCGAGGCGGGCCGCGACGGCGAGCAGUCUCGGCCGCCCGCAGGCCUGGGGUGCGGGGCGCGCGGGGAGACCGGAGGCCGCGGCCCCCAAGAGUCCCGGAAGCAGUGGAAGAAAUUUUUAUAUUGUGAGCCACAUAAGAGAAUUAAGGAAGUACUGGAAGAAGAACUUUAUAUUAAGAGAGAUGAAUGCCACAUUAAACAUCCACCUGCAGUGGCCCUGGAAGGGAUUUGGAGCAUUAAAAGGAAUCUCCCUGUGGGAGGCUUGAAGCCAGGACUGCCGAGCAGAAACAGUUUACUGCCACAAGCCAAGUACUAUUCGAGGCACGGAGGGCUACAAAUCCACGAGGUUUAUAUGGGACUGAUUCCACCCCCUGGAUCCAGAAGAGGGUCCACAUCCCCUGACCACUGUGAUCGCUUCGAGGAUGAGCGCCCUGCCCAGGUUGGGCCGAUGAAACGCAGCCUAAUUUGA